AUGGGGGUGGAAAUCUGUAAGAAAUGGUCUGAACAUGAAGAUGGAGUCUUGGCAUACAAGCUUCAAAAUGAAGAAAUUGACUUCCAUUAUGGUUUGAAUCGCUUUAACCGGCGUACUGCCCGCGACGACCUCCCAGUGGCCAAGGAAAUUCAGGAUGAGGAAGAGAAGCGCCACCAGGAGGAGCGGAUGCGGCAGCUAACCCUUUUACAUCAGAGAUCCCAAGAGGAUGAGAAAGUGGCUCAGAAGGUUUACCAAGAGAUUUUAAUGGAAGAAGAGAGUCAGAAAAAGAAAGCCGAGUUAGAUGAUGAGGAAAUAGCUCGACAAAUGCAAGAGAAAGAGAAGAGGAAAUAUGAACGCUACUUGGAGAAGCAAAGGGAACGUCAGUUGAAGAAGGAGCGUGAGAAAAUAGAAAAACGUUUGGCCAAGCAGACUGAAGAAGCACGACUGAGUAGUACAGAUGGUGUUGAACAAGUGGGUAAUGCCAUGGAAGCUUUAAAUUUACAGAAUCGUUCUAAUAUCAGGGUACUUUCUGGUGGUCAGUUGGAAGAUGAUGGUGACUUCUCGGAUUUUUAUGUGCUUCCUGAUGAUGUGAGUUGUACUGAACGCCGAAUCAUACAGGAGCGUCAAGAUGAGGAGCUUGCCAAAUUACUUCAAGAACAGGAACACAAGCGAACUAAGGCGAUUGUUGACCAAAGAAAAUUACGUGAAAUUGAAACCCAGGAUGCUCGGCUGGCUGAAAUAAUUCAAGAACAAGAGAAGAUAAAAGCACGGAGGACUCGAGGUAGACGAGAGAAAGCUGCCAGUGACGUACACCCCGGCAAAGAAUGCCAGAUGAGUGGUGAUAGAAUUCGACCUCGAAGCAUGGCUGAGACACAAACCAGACAGUCAUCCCCAUCAUCUGAUACUGGACCUCCCAACCGAGCACAGUAUGGUAGUGCUAUCACCCCACAUAAUCAUUCACAUUUGGUCACUUCUACAUCUUCCAGCUGGUCAAGGGACCAAGAAAUCCAUUCUAUCCCUUCUGGUCAGUUGAGGGAUCAAGAACAAUGUUCAGUCUCUUCUGGACACUCAAGAGACCAAAAGCGGCAUUCAGUCCCUUCUGCCCGGUCAAGAGCUCAUGAACCACGUUCAGUGUCUUCUAGCCACUUAAGAGGCCAGGAACGGCACUCCAUCCCUUCUGGUCAGCCAAGGGAUCAUGAAUCACAUUUCGUUUCUUCUGGUCACUCAAAAGACACAGAAUCAUCUUCUGCCCGUUGUGAUCAGUUCAAAGACAAAGAAACCAAUACUAUUCCUUCCAGUUUUCCAAAAGACCAUGAAAAAUGUUCUGGUCAAUCAGCAGACCAGGAACCACAUUCAGUUCCUUAUAGUCAGUCAAAAGACCUCAAAGAAUUGCCAGCAGCCUCUCCUGUUCGGUCAAAAGACUACAAAAUUCAUUCUCUAUCAUUUGGUCAUUCAAGAGACCAAGAACCUCAUCCACACUCUCCUGAUCAUUAUCAAAAUGAAGAUUCACAUUCAGUUCAUUCUGGUCAGUUGAUGAAUGAGAUACAUUCGGGUUCCCAUCGGCCAAGAGAUCAGGAAAGUCAUUCUGUCUCCUCUGGUCACUUACGGAACCAGGAACAACAUUCAUUCUCUUCUGGUCAAUUAAGGGAUCAAGAAUCAUCUAUUUCUUCAGGUCAUUCUAGGGAGCAAGAACAGCUUUCCGAUUACUGGUCAAGAGAUCAAGAAGGACACUCGGUCCAUACCGGUCAUUCUAGAGAUCAAGAAACACAUUCUCUCUCUUCUGGUAGAUCGAGGGAACUGGAACAACAUUCAGUCUCCGUUCAAACAAGAACCCCUGAACUACAUUCUCUUUCUGUAGGUUGGUCAAAAGAGCAGGAACAUCAUUUAGUCUGCUCUGGCCCCCAUAGGGAUACACGAUCUCAUUGUAUCACACAUUCAAAUACCACUGGUCAAUUGAGAAAUGUGGAAUCUCAUAGUAGCAUUCCUCCCUCAGGACGAAAGAGAAAUGAUUACCACGUUUGUGCCCCUACUAAUCGGUGGAGUCAUCAAGAACCAAUUUCUGCUCCUUUUGGCCGAAGAAGAGACCAAGUAUCCAAUUCUGUCCCUUCCAGUCGUCAAAGGGAUCAACAUUAUACAUCACAUUCAAUUACACAUUGGAGGGACCAUGAGCAUAAGCCUAAUCCUAUAAUUGAUUUUGAGCCCUAUUUUAUUAAACCCCCUGCAAACCUCUCCAAGGAUCCAGAACUCCAUUUAAUAAAUUCUGUCCCUGGACAAAAGCGAGAUGAUACAGACUUACACUCAGUCCCCAUCAAUUCUGCUCUGGUACAGGACUCAGAAAAAAACAAUACUCCACAUUUCCGAAAGACUUCUCUUCCAGGGCCAAUCAAGCCUGUACGCACAUCUGGCCCUCAUUUUGCUACUCAGGUGAAAACCUCUAAUAGUCCGUACACUCCUCAUUCUCAUGUCACUCGUGUGACAGAUAACAGCUUUGGUAGUCCUGGCAGACACUUAAAUAAUCCCACUUCUGGGAGCAGCCAUUCUCAUGUGUCACAAACAAGAGACCAUCUUAAUGAGACAGAAGCUGAAGAAGUCUCGAGAUGGCUGACAGAAUGUCCAGUGGAAUCUAGUCCUCAAAGUGGACACUCAAGGAAUUCCCAAUUACAAGAAUGGGAAGCUGACAUUAUGGGUCAGGAAAUCAUUUCAUCCGACCGAAGUUCUAGAGUGAGUGGGGAUCUGAGGCUACCAUCCCCAUCCCCACCGGGGAGUUACCACAGUGAUGACGAGCCAUCAUCUCUUAGUAGCGGAACCCCAGAUUUUACACCCAGUAAGCGUCAGAUAAGCAAUCCUAUAUCUUGCACUUACAACAUCGCCACAGCCAUUGAUCCUACAUACAAGCGAAGGCAACAUGAAAUUGAGGCUGUGGAUGAGACGGAGCCCAAAAUUCCGUUAAUGCUCUCUCGUUCUCUUCCAGUGCAUGCAGAUCUUGGCUUCUUUUUUCUUUUUCCCUUUUCUCUUAAUUUCUUUUUUAUCUUUUUUUCAUCCUUUUCUUAUCUUUUUUUUCAUCCUUUUCUUAUCUUUUUUUUUUAUCCUUUUCUUAUCUUUUUUUUAUCCUUUUCUUAUCUUUUUUUUUAUCCUUUUCUUAUCUUUUUUUAUCCUUUUCUUAUCUUUUUUAUCCUUUUCUUAUCUUUUUUAUCCUUUUCUUAUCCUUUUUUUCUUUUUUAUCCUUUUCUUAUCUUUUUUUUUAUCCUUUUCUUAUCUUUUUUUAUCCUUUUCUUAUCUUUUUUUAUCCUUUUUUUUUUUUUUUAUCCUUUUCUUAUCUUUUUUAUCCUUUUCUUAUCUUUUUUAUCCUUUUCUUAUCUUUUUUUAUCCUUUUCUUAUCUUUUUUUAUCCUUUUCUUAUCUUUUUUUAUCCUUUUCUUAUCUUUUUUUAUCCUUUUUAUCUUUUUUUAUCUUUUUUUCUUUUUCAUCCUUUUCUUAUCUUUUUUUAUCCUUUUCUUAUCUUUUUUUUAUCCUUUUCUUAUCUUUUUUUUUAUCCUUUUCUUAUCUUUUUUCUUAUCUUUUUUCCUUUUCUUAUCUUUUUUUUAUCCUUUUCUUAUCUUUUUUUUCCUUUUCUUAUCUUUUUUCCUUUUCUUAUCUUUUUUUUUCAUCCUUUUCUUAUCUUUUUUUUUCCUUUUCUUAUCUUUUUUAUCCUUUUCUUAUCUUUUUUAUCCUUUUUUAUCUUUUUUUCAUCCUUUUCUUAUCUUUUUCAUCCUUUUCUUAUCUUUUUUUCAUCCUUUUCUUAUCUUUUUUUUUAUCCUUUUCUUAUCUUUUUUAUCCUUUUCUUAUCUUUUUUAUCCUUUUCUUAUCUUUUUUUAUCCUUUUCUUAUCUUUUUUAUCCUUUUCUUAUCUUUUUCAUCCUUUUCUUAUCUUUUUUUCAUCCUUUUCUUAUCUUUUUUUUUAUCCUUUUCUUAUCUUUUUUUUAUCCUUUUCUUAUCUUUUUUAUCCUUUUCUUAUCUUUUUUAUCCUUUUCUUAUCUUUUUUAUCCUUUUCUUAUCUUUUUUUAUCCUUUUCUUAUCUUUUUUUAUCCUUUUCUUAUCUUUUUUUUAUCCUUUUCUUAUCUUUUUUUUUAUCCUUUUCUUAUCUUUUUUUAUCCUUUUCUUAUCUUUUUUUAUCCUUUUCUUAUCUUUUUUUUAUCCUUUUCUUAUCUUUUUUUAUCCUUUUCUUAUCUUUUUUUAUCCUUUUCUUAUCUUUUUUUAUCCUUUUCUUAUCUUUUUUAUCCUUUUCUUAUCUUUUUUUAUCCUUUUUAUCCCUUUUCUUAUCUUUUUUUUAUCCUUUUCUUAUCUUUUUAUCCUUUUCUUAUCUUUUUUUUAUCCUUUUCUUAUCUUUUUUCCUUUUCUUAUCUUUUUUUUUCCUUUUCUUAUCUUUUUUUAUCCUUUUCUUAUCUUUUUUUAUCCUUUUCUUAUCUUUUUUAUCCUUUUCUUAUCUUUUUUAUCCUUUUCUUAUCUUUUUUUAUCCUUUUCUUAUCUUUUUCUUCUUUUUAGCUUUUCCUUCUUUUUAG